AUGGAAGACGAAGCUGAGUUAGUUUCGCAGAGAUCUGUGAAGGGAUUUCAGAUUAGAAAGGUUGCAGAAGGAAAUCGAAGUUACUUGACUGAAGAGGAAGAAUCAGAGGCUGAUUCAAAGGUAGAGGCUUCAAGAUGGGAGUUGAAGGGUCAGCUUAGGUUAUCAGAACAGAGACGACAGAGGCAUCAGAGAGGGUUGCAGUACCAGAAACAGGAAGAAGCAGAAGAGUCAGUGAUCAGAACUUCGAAGGUUACUCAGAUCUCAGAUGAUCCUUUCACUGAAUCGUCAAAGGCAAGAUACGAGGAGGCUGAGAGAUGUUCCUGA